CUCAAAGCUGUAAAAAGUCUCAGACUUGAAUAUAUUAAAAAUGAUGGCAUAUGUCUUCAUAAUUUGAAGUGAAUAGCACUAAGUAAUUGCUAUAUAUGAACAUCUUUCACUGAAAAACAAAUUAGAUAUAAAACAAACCAUUUUUGCCUCUAUUUCAAGAAUUUCUUUACAUCAAAAGAAGAUGAAAUGUUGAUUUUUGUCCAUUGCCACAGAAAAUUCAAACAACCUGAAGUUUACAAGAAUCAGACCCACAGGACGCAUUUGAGAAAGAUAAACCAGGGUUUGCUUAAGAAUUCUUUUAGAAUAUCCAAUAUAUUCACCCGUAAGAGUCAAACUCCUUAUCCCAAAAAAAGCUUCAAGAUGCCUCAUCAGCAAAGUAAAUUGUCAUUGACCAUCAGUGUUCUCUCCACAGUCUGGGAAGCAUGAAUAACUCACAGAUAUCUACUGUGACACAGUUUGUGUUGUUGGGGUUUCCUGGUCCCUGGAAAAUUCAGAUCAUCUUUUUCUCAAUGAUUUUGCUGGUCUACAUCUUCGCUCUGACUGGGAAUAUGGCCAUCAUCUGUGCAGUGAGGUGGGACCAUCGACUCCAUACCCCUAUGUACGUGCUCCUAGCCAACUUCUCCUUCCUAGAGAUCUGGUAUGUGACCUGCACAGUCCCCAACAUGCUGGUAAAUUUUUUCUCCAAAACUAAGACCAUAUCAUUCUCUGGAUGUUUCACUCAGUUCUACUUCUUCUUUUCCCUGGGCACAACUGAAUGCUUCUUCCUCUGUGUCAUGGCUUAUGAUCGGUACCUGGCCAUCUGCCACCCACUGCACUAUCCCUCCAUUAUGACUGGCCAGCUCUGUGGCAUCUUGGUGUCUCUUUGUUGGCUCAUAGGUUUCCUUGGACAUUCAAUUUCCAUUUUCUUCAUUUCUCAACUACCUUUCUGUGGUCCCAACAUCAUUGAUCAUUUUCUGUGUGAUGUAGACCCACUGAUGGCAUUGUCCUGUGCCCCUACUCACAUCAUUGGGCAUGUGUUCCAUUCUGUGAGCUCUCUUUUCAUCAUCCUCACCAUGGUGUACAUCCUUGGGUCCUAUACCUUGGUGCUCAGAACUGUGCUUCAGGUUCCUUCUUCAGCUGGAUGGCAAAAGGCCUUCUCUACCUGUGGGUCACACUUGGUUGUUGUGUCUCUGUUCUAUGGAACCAUAAUGCUGAUGUAUGUGAGUCCCACACCUGGCAACUCAGUUGCUAUGCAUAAGCUCAUCACACUGAUAUAUUCUGUGGUAACACCUGUCUUAAACCCCCUCAUCUACAGCCUGCGCAACAAGGACAUGAAAUAUGCCCUCCAUCAUGUCUUCUGUGGAAUGAGAAUUAUCCAGAGAUCAUGAAUAGGGUUUUUUAUAACCCAAUGACUCUUAAUGCGAUUGGAAGAAUAAUCCUCUUCUUUUAACACAGACUGACUUGAUUUUAUUCAUGGUCAUCGCAGUCCUUUUGUACAAGCAAAACUCUUCAUGUAUCUGAUCAUAUUUUGUGAGCUUCUAGUUUCAGAAAUGUGCUCCGUGGGAGCAGGUUGGCCCCAACAUAUGGUAAAAAUAACACUUAAAAAUCUUAAUAUCUUCAUCCAUGUCCCUACAAAGGACAUGAAGUCAUCAUUUUUUAUGGUUGCAUAGUAUUCCAUGGUGUAUAUGUGCCACAUUUUCUUAAUCCAGUCUAUCAUUGUUGGACAUUUGGGUUGGUUCCAAGUCUUUGCUGUUGUGAAUAGUGCCGCAAUAAACAUACGUGUGCAUGU